UGCUUCAGGACUACAUCAAGGAAGCAAAGCAAAAGAGUCACUCACAAGAUUAGUUUGUGAACUUGAGAGAGCUAAAGACAUUAAGUAGAGACUUUUACUGCAUUUGUGAGUGUGUAUGAGUUGGAAGUGUUUAUUUUCUAUAAUGACUUUAAAAUAUAGGAGAUUCUCACUGGACAGCUCUAUCUGUCCAGACGGAGACGCAGUUGGAGUCGGAGGCCUUGGCAAAAGAAGAGCCAGCAGCAGGUUUAGCAGUAAGAAAUCCAGACAAUGUCAUAGUCUGGACGAUGCCCGACUGGAGAUCCAAGAGCUUAAGCACAGCCUCAGCUCCAGCGUGUCCCUCAGGGAGCCGAUCAUAGCAGAGGAGAACAUUGACCAUCCAGAUGGGCUCAUCCAUUCUAAUAGCUCCCAGAAGCACAGCAAAACCUUCCACAAACUGUUCCCAGAUAUUCCUGCAGGGGAGAACCUGACACACACAUUUACCUGUGCCUUGCAGAAGGAGGUACUGUAUCAUGGAAAACUCUUUGUUUCUGAGAACUAUGUGUGUUUCUACUCGUCAGUGCUGCUCAAAGAAACCAAGGUGGUGAUUCCUGCGUCCAGCGUCAAGGGGGUGAAGAAACAUAACUCUGCUUUAUCCAUGUUGUCUAUUCAAACUGCUGAUGUAGAGAAGCACACAUUUGUGUCUUUGAGGCACCGUGACAUGUGUUAUAAACUCCUCCAAACUGUCUGUUCACAUGUACAGGGUCUGACAGUCAACAGCAGCCCUCAUCACUCCUCUGCAGAGAAUGAAGCUGAUCAUGACGUGGCCUCCAGUUAUUCCAGUUUGGAGGACUGCACAGAUCGUGAUCUGAUCAGACAGAACAGCAUUUGUCUUGAAAACGGCUAUUCUCAGAUGUCCAGUGAAGCUCCUACAAGACGCAAUUCCACCCGUCAAAACAGCUUAACAGACGACGACAACAGAGCUGUAUCCUGGAUUUGGAGGAUCACUGAGAGGGUGGCACCGCUCUUCUUCCUCAGAGAACUGAGGAGUUUCAGCGCUGUCUUCUACGUCUACAUGAUGCUGAUGGUGCUGCUGCUGUUGGCGUCCGGGUACAUCGGGCUGAGGAUCACAGCACUGGAGGAGCAGCUGACUGAGUUGACAGUACAACACAGAGAGUACCAACAAAUUUAGCCAGUGGCAGAGGACUGGGACAAACAAAUCAUUCUAGGAACUAAUGCAGUGCACCACUCUAUUAAGAUCCUGCUGUACAUUGAUCCUUGUCUAGACAGACUCCCAAAAGCAUCUUAGCAGUGAGACUCGGUCCAUUUGACACACAGUACAUCUUCUAGUUAAAUUUACAAUAUUGUGCACAAAAAGUCCUCUUACAGUAGAGAUUGAUCUCCUGUGUUACUGCCAACUUUACGGAGGAUGCAGGUCAGCAAUAAGAUGCUUUUGGGAUGUCUGAACCAGGCCACACAUGGUGAACUACACGGAUGACUGGCUGCGUUGGCAGAGAAGCACCAGGACAACAUUUCUAUUCAGAGCACACUCAUUCUCUGCUGACACAUCAAAUAUUGCAGUAAGGGAUCUCGUGCACUGAGCCAUAUGGAGGCAGCCUGCUGAAGCCAUGUUUACUUCCUGGCCGGUAAACAGCUGAGCUCAGCAAGCUGAGUUUGCUGGAGUCUUGGCCAUCGUCAUCUAGGAUGGACACAACCUGCAACAGUGAGAACACACACAAAGUGAAAGAAGCUCUUAGUUGUUGCGUGAUUUUUAAAUGAUUUGUACAUCAUGAAAUGAGGGUUCACAUAUGCUGCAUAAACUGCUGGAAUCUCGUAAAAUGUUUUAAAAACAAGACUGUAAGUGACAAUAAUCAGCCAGCAGAGGGCAGACACUCCCAUUAAACUGCACGAGGCAGGAUGUUACUUGCACUAGAACAAUUCAUGCACUGAAAUGUCUUUAAUAAUGUCUUAUAAAACUUUUGCCCCUCUCCUUUUGUCAAAUUUUUAUAACUUCUGAUGUCCAGUGUUCAUAAUUAUUUUGGCCAACUGAUCUCCAUGACUUUAAAACGACUCUUAUGACAAAACAUUCUGUUUAUUGAUAGUAUUUUGUAUAUAGUUUAAUGUGUGGUGUCAAAAAAACUGUUGUGAUACAUUAGGGAUAGUACUUCUGCUAACUAUUUAUGAAACUAUUUUCCAAAACCUUUCCAGGCAUGGAAACACCAUUUUCAAAUUCCAGGAUUUAUCCAAUAUUUAUAACUGUACAAACCCUGCAGCAAAUCUUGGAAUAGACUAUGUAUGAUUUUAUAUAUUAUCCAAAACCCAUCUUGACUAGUGUACCAAGUCAUAUCA